GUCCCUCCAGUUCCCCCGAGCAGCAUCACUUUCCAUGCUCUGCUGCACCCGGCAAAGGAAAGCAAAGGAAGGAGGCAAGCCCUUCUGCCAGCCGCCUCUCUCUUGGCGCGCCAGCGGAGACCGGGGCUGCCUCCCCCUUGGAGAGCUCCCUGAAGCAGGGAAGGGGGCUGGUCCUCCUCAGAAGCUCUGGAAGGAGCAUGCCUGCGCCCUAACAGACAGACAGAGAGCGAGAGAGAGCGAGCUCUGGGGGGCUGCAGCUGGGACUCCUGCCCCCUUGAAUGAAACUCCUGGCCAGAGGGGCUUUCUAUCUCCCAGCAUUCCUGCCCCCGGGUGGGCUUCUGUUUUUCCUCUUCACCUCAGCUCUCCAGGCUUGGCUUAAGACAUGGACCAGGAUGGCAUUGAUCUCCACAGAAUCUCCCGCCAGCCAUGCUUUCCACAAUACAGACUUCUUCAGGUUAUCUGGUAGGAAUGAUUUUACCUUUGAUUCCAGUGAUGGACAACUUGGAAAUAAACUUGGCCAGAAUAUUUAAUCAUUUGGUAUGCUAUGGCUGCAGACACGGAUGGUUCAUUUAAUGGGGUGGAGUUUCUGCCAGAAGAUUUUGGGGAUGCUCCUCAUGAAACAACAAUGAGAGUGAAUGAGAAAUAUUCCACUUUACCUGCUGAGGAGCAAGGGAUUCACAUUAUCAACAUCAGAGCUAUUGAAGAUAUAGGAUAUGUUCGCACAGAAAGUACGCUAUUAAAUUCAUUCUCACAAGAUCCAGAUGCCAAUUGCAAAUAUGGACUUUAUUUUAGAGAUGGGAAAAGGAAAGUGGAUUAUAUCCUGGUUUACCAUUACAAGAAGUCCUCUUUCAGCAGAACACUUACCCGCCGUAUCCACUUCAAUGAUUUGGCACCCCGGAGCAUCAAACAAGAGCAGCCGCUUCCCGGCAAAGGAGGGCAGGCUAACAUGGAUGAAAGUGAACCACACAUGGAUUACCAUGAAGAUGACAAGAGGUUCCGCAGAGAAGAGUAUGAAAGCAACCUUAUGCAAGCUGGCCUUGAGCUGGAGAGAGAUGAAGAUACAAAGAUACAUGGGCUUGGAUUUGUAAAAAUACAUGCACCCUGGAAUGUAUUGUGCCGGGAAGCAGAAUUUAUGAAACUGAAAAUGCCUACCAAAAAGAUGUAUCAAAUUCAUCAACCACAUGGCCUUUUGAAAAAAAUCAAUUCUGUAAUUCAGAAAAUAACGGAGCCCAUCCAACCUAAAGUGGCAGAACACAAGCAUCAGACAGUGAAACGCCUCUCCUACCCUUUCUCCAGGGAGAAACAACACUUAUUUGACCUCUCUGACAGAGACUCCUUUUUUGACAGUAAAACUAGAAGUACCAUAGUUUAUGAAAUAUUAAAAAGGACUACAUGCACCAAAGCCAAAUACAGCAUGGGGAUCACCAGCCUGCUUGCCAAUGGCGUUUACAGUGCUGCAUAUCCGCUGCAUGAUGGUGACUACGAGGGUGAACACAUUGAGCCCAACGACAGAAAACUCCUGUGUGAGGAAUGGGCAAGCUAUGGUGUUUUUUAUAAGUACCAACCAAUUGACCUAGUGAGAAAAUACUUUGGUGAAAAAAUUGGACUGUAUUUUGCUUGGCUUGGAGUUUAUACACAAAUGCUUAUUCCAGCUUCCAUUGUGGGGAUCAUCGUAUUCCUGUAUGGCUGUGCAACAGUGGAUGAGAAUAUACCAAGCAUGGAGAUGUGUGACCAGAGAAACAAUAUCACCAUGUGUCCCUUAUGUGACAGAACGUGUAGCUAUUGGAAAUUGAGCUCUGCUUGUGCCACAUCUCGGGCCAGCCAUCUCUUUGAUAACCCAGCAACUGUCUUCUUCUCAGUCUUCAUGGCUCUUUGGGCUGCUACAUUCAUGGAACAUUGGAAGAGAAAACAGAUGCGUCUGAACUAUAGAUGGGACCUGACUGGGUUUGAAGAAGAAGAAGAAGCAGUCAAGGAUCAUCCAAGGGCUGAGUAUGAAGCAAAAGUGUUAGAAAAAUCACUAAGGAAAGAAUACAGAAAUAAAGAGAAGGGCCAGCAAUUGCCAGAAGAGGCAGCAAACAAAUGGCAACAAAGAGUUAAGAGAGUCAUGGCUGGGGUGAAAUUGACUGAAAAAGAAAAAUUGACCUGGAAAGAUCGUUUCCCAGCAUACUUGACAAAUUUUGUGAGCAUAAUUUUCAUGAUUGGACUGACAUUUGCUAUUGUUUUUGGAGUUAUCAUUUACCGAAUCUCCACUGCAGCAGCUUUAGCCAUCAGUGCUUCUCCUGGUGGUCGGUCUAAUAUUAGAGUAACUGUCACUGCAACUGCAGUGAUUAUUAAUCUGGUGGUAAUAAUAAUCUUGGAUGAAGUAUAUGGCUGCAUAGCCAGAUGGCUGACCCAGAUUGAGGUUCCAAAAACAGACAAGAGUUUUGAAGAACGUCUUAUCUUCAAGGCCUUCCUUUUGAAAUUUGUCAAUGCCUACACUCCUAUUUUCUAUGUUGCUUUCUUCAAGGGUCGAUUUGUUGGAAGACCAGGACAAUACGUCUAUAUUUUUCAUUCUUUUCGAAUGGAAGAGUGUGCUCCAGGUGGUUGUCUAAUGGAACUGUGCAUACAGCUUAGUAUUAUUAUGUUGGGCAAACAAUUGAUCCAGAACAAUCUUUUUGAAAUUGGCAUCCCUAAAAUGAAAAAAUUAAUUAGAUACCUGAAACUGAAACGACGACGUCCUGUAGACCACGAAGAGCAUAUGAAGAAAAAACAGCGCUACGAAGUAGACUACAAUCUGGAGCCUUUUGCUGGCCUUACUCCAGAAUACAUGGAAAUGAUCAUCCAGUUUGGGUUUGUAACACUGUUUGUUGCAUCAUUCCCACUGGCUCCACUGUUUGCACUACUAAACAACAUCAUUGAAAUACGUCUGGAUGCAAAAAAGUUUGUUACUGAGCUUCGGAGGCCAGUGGCAGUUAGAGCAAAAGAUAUAGGAAUAUGGUAUAACAUCCUCAGAGCUGUAGGAAAGCUUGCUGUGAUCAUAAAUGCAUUUGUGAUCUCAUUCACAUCUGACUUCAUUCCACGCCUCGUGUACCUGUAUAUGUACAGUGAGAGUGGCACCAUGCAUGGCUUCGUGAACCAUACGCUAUCCUAUUUUAAUGUCAGCGAUUUUCAAGAAGGAACAGCUCCAAAUUAUCCUAUGGAGCUUGGCUACCCAGUCCAAAUAUGCAGGUACAAAGAUUAUAGAGAACCCCCAUGGUCUGAAAAUAAAUAUGAAAUUGCAAAAGAUUUCUGGGCUGUGCUCGCAGCAAGAUUAGCAUUUGUAAUAGUGUUCCAGAACUUAGUAAUGUUUAUGAGCGACUUUGUGGACUGGAUUAUCCCAGACAUUCCCAAAGACAUCAGCCAACAAAUACAUAAGGAAAAAGUUCUGAUGGUAGAAGUCUUCAUGAAGGAAGAACAGGGGAAGUUGCAGUUGCUAGAAACCUGGAGGGACAAGGAUAAAAGGAAAGGUGAAAGCUGUAAUAACCAUAGCCCUAGGCCAUCCAUGAGCCAUAGAGGGAGUGUAUCUUCCUGUCAUUCAUGUCAUGUUAAUGUGUAGAAGAAGAAGAUGUUCUUACGCUGGGGGCAUUCCAUUCCUAAACAAGCCAUUACUUAAAUAAUAGGACUUGAUCCUUUAACAACCUGGUGCAUGUUUAAGCAUAUGCAACCAUUUUGCUUAUAUCUAUGUGAGAAAUAAUGUUCUUACAAAAAAUGGAGGACCAUAUUUUGUUUCUUUUUUGCACAAAAUGUAAUGCAGGGAUUUUUUUUACAUAUAUAUAGGUAUUAUAUAUAUAUUACAUGAUUAGCUUGUAACUAUCACUGUUCUUAUUUCUUAAGAAAAGCAGGUAGGAUUCUAUAGGAUCUUCUUUGAGAAAUUUAUUUUAUCUUAUUUAUUUUAUCAAAAAGGACAAAGUAACACUUAGAUAACAAGUAUUGGAAUAAUUAUGGACUCUCCAUUCUUGGGAGGUUAAGAAUAUGCAAAAUAAAAUAAACAGUGUACUAUAGAGUGCUUCCUUGCAAGAUUAUGGCAGAAAAGCUCUAGGCUUGAAUCUGCUGGUUUUUUUUAAUUUUUGCAAGCAGAAGUCUUUGGUAUUUUCUUUGCCUGUAUGCUGAACCCACUGUGUUUUCUCUUAAGUGAAAGCUAUGGCAAGAAUGCCGUAAUUUUUCAUUCAUCAUUUCAAUUGCAGUUCACUCUAUUGAUCAAAAUAGUCUGAAUAGCAGCAUUGUUACCUUCAUCCUAGCACUACUGAGAGCAGUUCAUUUUAAUAUCUUUAAUUUUCUCUUACCUAAAAGAACAAAGGAUUGGUGGAAGAGCAUCUAGUUUAGUAAUGCAGAGUGUCUAGUGCACAUUCCAGAGGGAGUCCAUAGGGCAAGAAAGAAUAUUAGCAACAGCACAAUUUCCUCAAGCACUAAGGGGCCUUUUUAAAAACUGCCCUGAAUUAAAGAGCACACACACAGAUCUACUAGCAAACUGCACUGCCCACCACAAACCUAGAAACCUAUCUGUUGAAGGAAUACAUUGAGUAAAUGUGUUCCCUAAGCAAUUGUGUUUAGAUGUCAUCCCUGCUCAGUAUGCCUAAAAACUGCAUAUAUGAUAAUGCUUGAUCCUUGCAAAUACCAUGGGACCCUCAACAUUUCACUAACAGCACAUCCUCAUGGUUCACAGCUAUCUUUAGCUCAACAAUUAUAAUGCAACAACUCAAUUCCUUCAUAAAAUCGACUGAGCAAUUGGAACAUUUGCUGUUUACUAGGGUAUAAUAUAAGAUCUGUUUUAGUUACAAACAACAGUGAAUAGAGGAGAAAAUGCUCCUUCUCUUGUAGUACUAGAAUUCAGGGGCACACAUUGAAACUGAACUGCAGUAAAUUCAGAAUAGAGCCAUCAUGGUGUAGUGGUUUGAAUGAUGAACUGUGACUCUUGAGACUUAGGUUCAAAUCCCUGCUCAGCUAUAGAAACCCAUCGUAGGCAAAUCACACUCUCUCAGCCCCAGAAAAAAGCAAAGACAAACCCCCUCUCAACAAAUCUUAUUAAGAAAACCCUGUGGUAGGGUCACCUUAGAGUCACCAUAAGCCAGAAAUGACCUGAAGGCACACAACAACAACUGUCAGAAUAGACCAAAAGAAAGUGCCUUUCAUACAAUUCCUAAUAAAAAUAUUACAUAUAUUACUCGAAGAUCCAGUGAUGGCCACUAGCUGAGUUAGUUGUAAAAUGGAAUUAGACAAAACUACAGAACAUAAGUCUAGCAGUGUCAGUUAGCUCUGAUAAGUGGAAAAAUCAACUUGACAAAGGUAGGGAAUUUUACUAUUUUGGACUGCAGUCCUCAGAAUCCCAGGCUCCUGGGAAGGGAGAACUUUAUGGGGCUUCCUGCCUUGCUCUACCUCAAGCCAAUCUGCAAGUACAGUAGUGCUUCCCUUUAAGUCAGAGAGCACUUUGGUAGGCUGCUUGGGUGCAUGUGUUUGGCCACUGCUGGAAUCAGGAUGCUGGACUAGGAAGCUAUAGCAGGGAUCAUUUUCUAAGGAAUUGGGGUCUGCUCACUCACCUUUUCAGAGGCACUUACACAUGCACAAUCUGAGCAAUAGCAAUAUUAGACUAAACAGCUAGAACCCAUUGUUGCAUUUUUCUUUCCCUUUCUUUCUUUCUUUCUUGUUCACUGUAUUAUCUGUUUUUGUAAUUCCAUUUGUAUGAACUUCACAUACUUUACAUUUUUAGUAGGAUUAAGAGCUGUUUAUAGUUGUCUUCCAGAUAAGCAUUUUCAGAAGCUGUGGCCGAACAUGGCAAUGAAAGACCCAUAAGAACUUCUGGUUCUUCCUGGUUUGGUUUUUAUCUCUCCUCUUCAAAUAUGUAGAGCAAAAAGCAUGAAACUGGCAUUAAGCCUGCUUUCAAAGAGUAGUUAAGGUGCUGAGCACAUAUAAUGACAGUUUUGUAAUCUAUGUCAGCUCAGAAAGCAGCAGGUGGAAAUAAAGAGAAGGAAUAUGGAAGAAGUAAAAAAUGAAUGGCAGUUCAGGAAAGAAUCAGUAAGCCAUGUUGAAAGAAGGAGAGUGCACCAAAAAUGGUGGGAAGUGAUACCCAUAUGUAAAUAUAUUAUAGUUUCUGUUACAGAGUAAUUCCUGGGGAUAUGGAUACUAUUGAAGAUUGCUUUCUUUCCCUGUUUACCAAAAGAUCAAGAUCAUGAUUGGAGUUUGUUGAAUGUGGAGGAGUAUGUCUCCAGUUUUGAAUUACAAAAUGAACAAUAUGAUUAGCAAGUGGCUUAUUUCCUUCUCUCUCUCUCUCUCUCUCUCUCUCUCUCUCUCUCUCUCUCUCCCAAGUUCUGUGUAGUUCUGUUGGUUUCUGUUCGCUCUUUGACACAGAGAACGCUAUACUGAAUAUACUCUUUCUUGCCCUUUCUACAGACUUUUCAAUAUUCAGAGUUAACUGUAUCCCAUCAGUUUUAUCCAUUCCACCCAAUAUAUGUUCUUUUUUUCCUUUGCUCCCAAGUGGUCCAGUUACUCAUCUUGGCUGGAAGGCUUGUAACAUUAUCAUUCAUAUAUAUAUAUAUAUACACACACAAG